CGCCAGCGCUCAGUAAGUAUUCCUUCUUGCCAACAAAAUUAAUUUCUUAGCAAAGCCACCCUCAAUCAAUUAUUUAUGGUUGUUGAGGGGCAAGGACUAUCAGAAGCAAGGCGAAGAAAGCUCUAUAAAUCUCUUCCCACCCUUCUCUCCUCUCCUCCUCGGCUUCUCCUCAUCAUUCUCCCCAACCGACUCUCCUUCUCCUUCUUAUUCUUCUUCCAAGCCAAGUAAAACCUCUAUAAAUCUCCAUCUUUCUCCUCCUCUGACGGAGGGACUCCUCUAAGAUCUAUAGAAGCAGGGCAGUAACGGCGAUGAACAACGACAUUGAAAGGGGCGGCGCCGCCGCCGCCGGAGGCAAGGGAAGGGGCGCCGCCGGGUACUACGGCGGCGCAAACGGCGGGGCGGCGGCGUCGCCGUUCUACUACGACGCCGGGUCGUCGGCGGAGCGGGAGUGGACUUCGUGGAUCGUCCCCAUGAUCGUGGUGGCGAACGUGGCGAUGUUCGUCGUGAUCAUGUACGUCAACAACUGCCCCGACCACCCGCACCCCGUUGGUCCCUGCGUCGCUCGUUUCCUCCACCGCUUCUCCUUCCAGCCCCUCCGGGAGAAUCCCCUCUUCGGGCCCUCCUCCUCCACAUUAGAGAAGUUGGGAGCUCUCGAAUGGGACAAAGUGGUGCAUCAGCAUCAAGGAUGGAGACUGGUGUCUUGUGUUUGGUUGCAUGCUGGUGUUAUACAUCUGCUUGCUAACAUGCUAAGCCUGAUCUUUAUCGGAAUUCGCCUUGAACAGCAAUUUGGAUUCGUGAGGAUUGGGAUAAUAUACCUUCUCUCAGGAUUUGGUGGGAGUGUCCUCUCAUCUCUGUUCAUUAGGAACAGUAUUUCUGUUGGUGCUUCUGGUGCUCUGUUUGGACUUCUUGGAGCAAUGUUGUCAGAACUCAUUACAAACUGGACUUUAUACACUAACAAGGCUGCAGCUCUGUUAACUCUAUUGGUCAUCAUUGUGAUCAAUUUAGCUGUCGGGAUAUUACCACGUGUUGAUAAUUUUGCCCAUAUUGGAGGAUUUCUAACAGGAUUUCUCCUAGGUUUUGUACUACUAAUUCGGCCUCAGUUUACUUGGUUGGAACGCCACAAUUUGCCCCCUGCAAGCCAGGUCAAGUCAAAGCAUAAAGCUUACCAGAAGAUAUUAUGGGUGAUUGCGCUGGUUUUGCUCGUAGCUGGAUUUGUGGUUGGUUUGGUAAUGCUCUUCCGUGGAGAGAAUGGAAAUGAUCGUUGUCAUUGGUGUCACUAUCUGAGUUGUGUGCCGACAUCCCGAUGGAGCUGUGGCCAUUGAGGACUGGGAUCUUCUGCAGGAGGGAGCUGAUAUUUAGCUUUACAGUUAGUUUACUAUUACAUUUGAGUGUUCCAUUACAUUUUGUUCAUCUGUACAUAGCUAGAAGUUGUUCAGGGACUUUGAGUGAUCAAUAUCUAGUUUCUUCCAUCAUACCGAUUGAGGUGCUGUAGUUGUUUUAAUUUACUCACAUUCUUUAACAUAUUAGAUUUUCAUUUAUAGUCAGAUUUAUGUAAACUAUGAGAUCUAUGUGAAUGAAAAUUUGGGUUCUACUGGUGCUUGUGCUGGUUUA